AAGAAUAUAUUUGUACCUAAUCUUUUUGACAUUAUGAAGAAUCAUUGAAUGUCCUGUCUUGGAGCAGAGAAACCAAACAAAACAAGAGCAACCUAUUUUUUAGCAUAAAAUUUCUCUCCAAUGAGUCUUUAUUAUUUGAGCACAAAACUCAUUUUUGAGAAUAUGUUUAGGAUUUUUACAUUAUUGCUCUCUUUCAAAUUUAGCAUAUCAUAUAAAAUUCAAGCUUCAUUUGUUUUUGGUGAUUCUUUGCUCGAUGUAGGGAACAACAAUUACAUCACUUCACUUGCCAAAGCAAAUCAUCACCCUUAUGGAAUUGAUUUUGGAAAACCCACAGGUCGUUUUUGUAAUGGAAGAACCGUUGUUGAUGUUAUAGAGCAACAUCUGGGUCUUGGUUAUACUCCUCCUUACUUGUCUCCUAAUACUUGUGGAUCGGUGAUUCUAAAGGGUGUCAAUUAUGCUUCUGCUGCAGCUGGAAUUCUCAAUUACACUGGUCACAUUUUUGUUGGUCGAAUCAACUUUGAUGCACAAAUUGAUAACUUUGCAAAUACAAGAGAAGAUAUCAUUAGCAAAAUUGGUGUUCGUGGAGCUCUCAAAUUGCUUAAGAAUUCUCUCUUUACAGUAGCAUUUGGCUCAAACGAUUUUCUUGAUAACUAUUUGGCACCUGGUCCCUCAAUUCCAGAGUGGCAAUUAUUGUCUCCAGAAUCAUUUGUGGCCAUCAUGAUAUCAACAUUCAGAGUACAAAUAACCCGGUUAUUCACUCUAGGAGCCAGAAAAAUUGUUGUGAUAAAUGUUGGUCCUAUUGGGUGUAUACCAUGUAUGAGAGAUUUAAACCCAUUUUCUGGAGACAAGUGUGUCAAAUUUCCUAAUCACCUGGCUCAAUUAUUUAACACCCAAUUGAAGAACCUCGUUGAAGAAUUGAGGACAGAUUUGAAGGGUUCAUUAUUUGUUUAUGGAGAUGCUUACCACAUUAUGGAAGAUAUCAUGAUGAAUUACAGUAAAUAUGGUUUCAAGAAUACAAAUUCUGCAUGUUGUCACCUAGUUGGUCGAUUUGGAGGUUUAAUUCCAUGUGAUCGUUAUUCAAAAGUUUGUGAAGAUCGAUCUAAGUACAUUUUUUGGGAUACUUUCCAUCCCAGUGAUGCUGCCAAUGUUAUUAUUGCAAAACGUUUAUUAAAUGGUGAUGCUAAUGAUGUUUCACCUACAAAUGUUUGGCAACUCUUGAAAGCUUGAGAUAUAACUGCUAGAAUUGAAAUUUUUAUGACUGAUUUGUGGGAAUUCUUUAAA